UUCCCGUGGUGAUUCCUGUUCGACUGAGCACACAGGAGGAUGAAAAGUUCCCAUCCGACUGCUCUCGACUUUUGGAAUUUUAACUGUUGUAUUUUGUUCCCGCACGUUCGGAGUAAAUGUGAAAGGUCUUUUCGCGACUCGGGAGCUUUAUUAGAGGAAAGUGCUACCUUGAGCAAAUAAGCAAAGGGUGAGAAACAGCCAAAUGAACGGCGCAACAUUCCCCUCUCCCGUUGCCGAGAUGGCAGAAAUCAACCGCAUUCACUAUGAUCUGGAGUACACUGAGGGGAUCAGCCAAAGGAUGCGCAUACCUCAGAUGCUUAAAGUGGCUCCCCAAGGCCAGGACGACUCCGGUCUUGGCUCACGGCAGCUUCCUCAGAGUGUUAUAAUGCAGGUCCCGGAAAGAAUUGUUGUCUCAGGAGACGCUGAUGACAGCCAGUUUUCAAGACCGAGAGACUUAGAUUUAAUCCAGUCAACGCCUUUAGAAGCCUUGUCCCUGAAGACCCCACCGAGAGUACUCACACUCAGUGAGCGACCUCUUGACUUCCUGGAGGAAGAGCAGAAUAGAGCACCAGAAAGUGAGGCCGUGCUGCGGCCCCAUGGCCGAUCGAGACGAGAACGCUCAGCGAGUGAGAAUGCAGCUGUCCGUCAUGGAAGUCAAUUGAUGCAUAAUGAUUCAGCUGCAACAGCAUCCCCCCCAGCCACUCUUCACUCCCCUUCCCCUUCUACCGUGGCUGAAGAAGAACACAACCUGUACAGCGCUAGUGGCGUUUUAUCUUUCCUCCAGUGCACUACACGUCGGGCCUACGAGCAUGUCCUUGAGGUCUUGGAUGAAAACCCUCGCAGAAAAACAUCACUGCGAGGGGGGUCAGCUUCAAGCUCCAACCCCCUGAAUGAAUCCAGGCUUGCAUUAUCAACAUACGAAGGCUCUCUGGAUGGAGGAUCUGAUGACAUGAACAUUGUAGAUGCUGCAACACUUCGACGACAGCUUAUCAAGUUAAACCGACGGCUCCAGCUUCUGGAAGAAGAGAAUAAGGAGCGAGCAAAGCGCGAGAUGAUCCUGUACUCUGUCACUGUCGCUUUCUGGCUCGUCAACACGUGGGUGUGGUUAAAACGUUAAAGUACAUCUGUAUUGCCAGUACCCCUGCAAAACAAGUUAACAUCUCCAUGACGUGUGUGACAUGUUACACUUGCUGCCAUAUGAGCAAGACCAUAACCUAUUGCGCGAAGCACUCAUGUCAUGUUUGGUUUAUUUAAUAUACAGGGAUGUCCAUUUUUUUUACAGCUGUGCUUUUGUUAGUUUGGUUCUAUUUUUGUUUUUGAUUCUAAAUGUUGAGCAAUGCUAAGCAUGACUUGUAAAUAUGUAUCACUUUAGAAAGGAGUAAUGCUAUAUUUUGUUUCUAAAUCUAAAUGUUGAGCAGUGCUUGCUGUGACUUGUAAAUAUGAAAGUAGUAUGUCAUUAAUAAAGUACAGCUCUGUUUACCAAAGGAAAAA